CCUGAAAUUCCCGAGGGAAUGUCCAAGAAGCAAUGGAAAAGACUUCAAAAGAGAAAACUAAUGGAGGAACGUAAGGUUGACAUUGCAAAGAUCCGUCGUGAAAAGAAGAUCAAGGCUAGGGCAAAUCGUCGUGCAAAGAUUGAGGAGCUCAAGGCAAAAGGUGAAGAAAUUCCUGAAGAGCUCUUACACAAGAGACCAAGAGUGCCAUCGGAUCAAAAGAGUAGUGGGGUUUCUCUAAUCAUAGAUUGUGAUUUUGAUGAUUUGAUGAACUACAACGAAAGAGUAUCGUUAAGUACACAGAUCACAAGGCUGUACGGUGCCAAUCGUAUCUCGAAGAACACCGCAGACAUCAGAAUCACCUCCUUUAACAAGGAGUUGAAGAAAAGAUUUGAAGACUGUCUUAUGAACUCCAACUGGCCGCAUUGGGACCACGUGAAGUUCGAAGAGGAGGCAUUUGUUCCCGACGAUCACUAUGUGUACCUCUCUGCAGAUUCUGAUGAGAUUCUGGAAACUUUAGAACCGGGCAUGACAUAUGUCAUCGGAGGCAUAGUUGACAAAGGGCGCCAUAAGGAUCUGUGCAAGGAGAAAGCCGAGAAACUAGGCAUAGUGACGAAAAGACUGCCAAUUGACGAGUACAUCAAGCUGAACGGUAGACGUGUGUUGACGACAACGCACGUUGUCGAACUGAUGCUGAAGUGGUUUGAGUACAGGGACUGGAAGAAGUCAUUCGAAGACGUCCUUCCACAGAGAAAGCUC